AGGAGCACCGGGAAGCGUGGUGGCGGGAGCCAACAGGGAGCGCUGCGGCAGGAGAUGAGUUCAGACCGCAUUAUGGUGCCUGAAAGAGCGGCCAAGGGGACGUUGCUUCUGGACCUGAACAAGUUCUGCUUUGAUGAUGACAGCAACGCACCAAACAACCAAUUCAACUUCACCACGCCAUCUGGAGUGGGGAGCAGCGGCAGAUUUUCACAGGAUCCAGCUGGCUCUGGGAAAAUCGUGUUGAUCGGUGACCUAGAUUAUGAAAAUUCAAGUAAUCUAGCAGCCGGCAAUAAGUACACCGUGAUAAUCCAGGUGCAGGAUGUUGCCCUUCCUUACUAUAAAAACAACAUCUACAUUUAUAUCUUCACAAAGCCCGAAAAUGAGUUUCCUCUUGCCUUUGACAGGCCAUCCUACGUAUUUGAGGUGUCAGAAUUAAGGCCAGCUCGAACCCGGGUGGGAGUAGUGCACGCCACCGAUAAAGACUCCCCCCAGAGCAGCAUCGUGUACUCCAUCUCCACGGGAGGAGCCAGCCUCCAGUACCCAAACAUAUUUUGGAUCAAUCCCCAGACGGGAGAACUCCAGCUGGUGACGAGAGCAGACUACGAAACAACCCCCAUCUAUAUUCUCAGAAUCCAGGCCACCAAUGGCGAGGACAGCAGCUCGGUCACUGUAACUGUGAACAUCCUUGAAGAAAAUGAUGAAAAGCCAAUUUGUACCCCAAACUCUUAUUUCUUGGCCAUCCCCAUGGAUCUGAAAAUUGGCACAAACAUUCAAAAUUUCAAGCUGACGUGUACCGACCUUGAUUCCAGCCCCAGGUCGUUUCGUUACUCCAUGGGCCCAGGCAACAUCAACGGUCAUUUCACCUUCUCUCCCAACGCUGGGUCCAAUGUUACAAGUCUGCUCCUUGCGACAGGCUUCGACUAUGCCAGUGGGCUUGACAAGAUCUGGGACUACAAACUACUUGUCUACAUAACUGAUGACAACUUGCUGUCUGGCAGGAAGAAAGCUCAGGCUCACGUUGAAACAGGGACGGUAACGCUGAGUAUUAGCGUCAUUCCUCACCCCACCACAGUUGUCACCACGACCGCCAGGCCCAGGGUCAUCUACCAGGUCCUGAGAAAAAACGUUUAUUCUCCAUCAGCGUGGUAUGUGCCUUUUGUCAUCACUUUGGGCUCCAUAUUGCUUCUGGGCCUCCUGGGAUCCCUGUUCGUCCUGUUGGCCAAAGCCAUCCACAGACACUGUCCCCACAAGACUGGGAAGCCCAAGAAACUUCCGGUGAAGAAAGGAGAGAUGAAGACUACAAAGCCAGAGGUUUUGGUGGAAACAAUUCAGAUGAACUCUGUCUUUGAUGGAGAAGCCAUCGACCCAGGUAAUUAAGUGGCAGUGCCGUCCAUCCAAAAGGUGUUUUCAUAUUCCAGGUGGGUAGAGUCACGGAGGACCCUAUCCAAGGUCCUGCCCUUAACUCAGUUUGUCCCUCCGUUUGAGGGUGUUGCCUGACCCUUCUGCUGCCAUCCCGGGGGAGAUCACCUCUGAGCUGGCAGAUGCCAGCCGGAUUUCCACCUAAAGCCUCCCGCCCUUGCUAGCCUCCCUUCCUAAAUUGCAAACCAACUCAGGAGACUGGUGCAUUCUGCCUGCCCUUUGGAGCUCAACCUCCUCCCCCAGUCCUUUCUGAAUGCUUCUAACACCACCCUGUUGGUAGUGAGAGAGAUGGAGAAAUGGCAGGCUUGGCUCCCUUUUCCCCUAGAUCAGGGCCAAGAAUUUCUUCUUGGUCGGCAAGAUGAACAUAAGGUAAAGCUGGCCUCCAGAGCUCCCCUCACCCCCAUGAAAUCAGCUCCAAAUUUAGCUCCUUUACACACAUCCCUCCACUUACAAAGGCUCAAUUAUAGAUGUGAAUAAAGGGAAGGAAACCAAACUCGGGAGGCAAGUGUG